AUGGCGCAAAAUGGAAAUGAUGCGGGAUCCGUGGCGAUGCCUCGUCUCGAGGACUUGCUCCGUCACCCCGAAGACUUGGAUAAGAUCCCCGCUCUGAAAGCGGAAUACUCGCGGAAGAAGGCAGCCGUCGAUUCGCAGCUAAGGGAAGGUCUGAGUAACCAGCUGGAAACGGUACAGCGGAGUAUCAACCUCCUGACUGAAGGCCAACGGCACGUUUCGAAGACAAGAGACGAGUUGCAAGGAAUAGACAAGCUAUGCGCGGAGUCGCAGACCUCGGUGGAUGAUUUCUCGCAAAUCGACAAGCUGGCUAGGGUGCAGCGAAAUUUUGAGGCCACGUUAAUGAUGAAGAAGGGUCUUGAGAAUUUCGGUGCUGACCUUGCCGAGGUGGAAGAACUCUUGAAGGACGAUGAUGAAGAUCUGGAAAACCAGCCGAAUCUGCUCAAGGCACAUAUGCAGAUUUCGAGGUUGCGGGAUUUCCGGGAUGAGGCGAUGGACCAGAUUCGCAGAGCGGGCGAUUCUAGCAGUGAAGAUACUCUUGUGGAUUACUUUCAGGGACUGGAUUCGGUCAUUGACUGGUUCGAUGAUCAUCUGGGAACUGCCUGUAUGAACCUCAUUCCGCUUGUGCAGUCGGAUAAUCGCAGCAUGGUUGUUCGCUUGGCUGUUGUGGUGAUGAAUGAAGAAAAGAACGACGAGAAGGUGCGGGCAUUGCAGGAGGCGCAGAAAGAUCAUAAGGACCUGGCAAGCCGGUUUAAGUCUAUGAAUAUCGGGCCGAAGACAGUCAGGGGUUACAAGGAGAAGUUCAUUCAGGCUAUCGAGUUCUACGCUCAGAGCCAGUUUGAUUCUACCAAGGAGGCUUUCCUGGGCGAACCGGACCACCUGGACAAGAGCUUCAAAUGGUUCUUCAAUGACCUUUUCGUUGUCCAGCAAGGGAUGCAGUCCCUCAUGCCAAAGAAGUGGAAGAUCUAUCAGACCUACACUAAUAUCUAUCAUCGGAUGAUGCACGAUUUCCUUAUCGGUCUUAUCGAUGAUCCUGAACUCCCUCCAGAUAACCUGCUUGCCAUCAUCCAUUGGACCGAGAAAUACUACAAAAAGAUGUCCAAAUUAGGCUGGAAGCAGACCGAUCUCGUACCCAACGUUCUCGACAAUCGCGAACCAGAGCUUAUUCGACAGUGGCGCAAUAUCAUCAUCGAUGCAGUCAACGAAUGGAUGGACCGUAUAUUCUCAACAGACAAGAAGGCAAUGAUCGAGAGAUCGCCAGAUGCCUUGGAACCAAAUGCUGACGGCUAUUUCCGCACCAAGACGCUCCCCGAUAUGUGGCGUAUGCUGCACGAGCAAAUCGGGGCUUCUAGUGCCUCGGACCGUACAGACGUGGUCGAAGGUAUUAUCGAUGCCAUGUUCCUUGUCCUGAAAGGCCAUCAGAGCAACUGGCAAGCUCUCAUUGACGAGGAGAGCGGCAAAUACAAGGCUGCAGGCGGUGACAUGUCAGAAGGUCUACAGGCGCUACAGGACUGGCUGAUCGCAAUAGCCAACGACCAAAUCGCCUGUAUUGACGAUAACGACGAGUCCGGCCAAAUCGGUUAUCUCACUCGCUUCAAGCGCGACUUCGAGCCACUUGUCUCGCCGAAAUACCUGGCGUCGACGGCCACAGCCGAGCUUGAUGCUCUUCGCGACGGCUACGUUGAUCUUAGUACCUAUUGUCUCUCGCAGUUUGUUGAACUCAUGUUCACCGUUGACUUCAGCGCCGUCCUUCCCGAGUUCUUUACUCCGAAAUGGUAUGGCGAAUUUGCGGUCAAGCGUAUCACUUCCACUUUUGAGGAUUACAUGGCCGAUUACUCGCCCGUUCUCCAUCCUUCUCUCACGGACAUCCUCGUCGAAGAGCUGUCUGAUGAGCUGCUCGUUCGCUACCUUUCCGCCAUCCGCAACCGCGGUGUCAAGUUCCGCCGCCAGGACCCGUACACAGACAAGUUCAAGGAUGACAUCCUCACAGUCUUUGACUUCUUCCAGAAGUACCCCGAGUCCUUCGCCAGCAUCAAGCAGAAGUGGCGACUGGUCGACUAUCUGGUUCGUCUGCUUGAGGCCGACAAAACUGGAGUCGUUGCAGUCUAUGAGGCGUUUAAGACCGAGUACUGGGAUCUCCAGCUAUCGUGGGUGGAAGCCGUUCUGCGGAGUCGUGAUGACUUUGAGCGUUCCAUGCUCAGUGCGGUGAAGGCAAAGGCAGCCGAGUUGAGUGUCGAGAGAGGCAUCGAGACUCUGAUGAGCAAGGUCAGAUGA